UCCAUAAUCUAUAUGAUAUCAGGUUAAAUUGUCUAUGUUCAAGUGACACCGUUCAGUUCAUUCACUUAUCAGUACGUUGAGCCAGAAACCAGAAUCUUUCAUACUGCCAUGUCAUAGAUUAUGACCGAACAUCUGUACACCAGAAUAGGCCAACACCUAGAAAUGAUUCAGUAAUGAUUCACAGGACAGAACAUAAACCAAACUUCACACACUUGAAAACAGAGCAGAUCCUUGAAUUUGUCCUAAAAGCACCAUUGAAGAAGCUUUAACAAUGGAGUCUCUCCCACCUUUGGGUUUCCUUCUCUUUCCCUUCUUCUUGAUCAUCUGUUUUACGAGAAUAUUGAAGUUUCAACCGAACAAGAUGCCGCCAUCACCAUUCCUUAGACUUCCCAUUGUAGGCCACCUGCACCUCCUUCUCCUCACAUCGGCCCUGCCCCACCACGCUCUCGCAACCAUCGCUCGUCGCCUUGGCCCCAUCUUCUCCCUCCAGCUCGGGCAGGUCCUGACGCUCGUAAUUUCCUCCCCUGGACUAGCCAAGGAGGUCCUCAAGACCCACGACCACGUGUUUGCGAGCCGGCCCCAGAUCGUGGCUGCUCAGUGCCUCUCCUUUGGCUGCUCUGAUGUCACCUUCUCUCCCCACGGCCCUUACUGGCGCCAGGCACGCAAGAUUUGCGUAUCUGAGCUUCUGGGUCCAAGGCGCGCCAGCUCCUUUAGGCCAGUCCGCGAGGAGGAGACUGCCCGGCUAGUUUCCCAACUCCAGGACCUCUCAGGCUCCAAAGUUGACAUAAGCAGGAUGCUCUUCGCCCACACGAAUGACAUCCUGUGUCGGGUGGCAUUUGGGAAGAGGUUCAUCAAUGACGAUACAACAUCAGGGGAUGGGAGCCAGAAGCGGAACUUGGCUGCUGUGCUGACGGAGACGCAAGCACUGCUGGCAGGGUUUAGCAUCGGGGAUUUCUACCCUUGCUGGGGAUGGGUUAACUCGGUGACAGCGCUCAACCGGAGAUUGGAGAGGAACUUGAGGGAUCUGAGGGGAGUGUGCAACGAGAUCAUCGAGGAACAUGUGAGGAAGAAGGAGAGGAGGACCAGGUGCUUUAGUGGCGAGCAAGAACGAGAAGAAGAGGAAGAAGAAGAUUUUUUGGAUGUUCUGAUGAGGGUGCAACAAAGAGGUGAUUUGGAGGUGCCCAUUACAGAUGACAACCUCAAAGCUCUCGUCCUGGACAUGUUUGUUGCCGGAACCGAUACAACAGCGGUGACUCUCGAGUGGACAUUGACGGAGCUAGUGAAGCAUCCAGAAGUCUUGAAGAAAGCACAAGCAGAAAUUUGUAGUCAGGCGUACUUGAAAGAAUCCGGCAAUGAGGUCGAUUUCAGAGACUUUGUUUACAUGAAGGCUGUGAUAAGAGAAACGUUGCGUCUGCACCCACCGGUGCCUCUCUUGGUUCCACGAGAAUCCAUGGAGAGGUGCACCCUUGAUGGCUACGAAGUACCAGCUAGGACCCGGGUCCUAAUAAAUACGUAUGCAAUUGGGAGGGACGCAGAUUCGUGGGAUGACCCCCUGGAGUUCCGUCCAGAGAGGUUCGAGGAUGCAAAUAGAGUGGAGAUGAAGGACCGAGAUUUCAGGUUCCUACCUUUUGGAGGAGGGAGAAGGGGAUGCCCCGGGUCCUCUUUCGGGUUGGCAACGGUGGAGAUAACACUGGCAAGACUCUUGUACCAUUUCGACUGGGCCUUGCCAAGAGGAAUCGUGCCAGAUGAUGUAGACAUGGAUGAGGUAUUUGGGCUUGCUACCAGGAAAAAGUCAGCUCUCAUUCUCGUCCCGACAGUUCAUAAGGGAAGGGUAGUCCAGUGAGUAGUUUCUGCAGGAGAUGACUGGGCUGUUGUUGUGCGGGAAUGGAAGUAAAUGCCACUCCACCAGUUCGUACGUUAUUCUAUGUUGUUUCCCUUGUCAUCGUGGGCUAUGAAACCAGUCGAUAGAAGUUCGUCUCAAUGAUGCACCAGACUUUAUGUGUUUCAGAAACAGGGAUUCUUCUUUGGAUCAAAUAGUGCUAGUACUUUGAACAACAUAGGACUACUUCUGUAUGAUGAACGUACUACUCUAUCUCCUUAGAAGAUAAAUCUACCGAAAAUUUCUUUUUC